UGUCAGAAGCCGUGAAGCUCCGGGCCGGAAAGGCUUCCUCUCCUGCCCCUCCUCAGAGGCGCUUCAGUGUCGGCAGCUGCCCCGCCCGGACCGAAGAGCUGUCACAGGGACGCUCCGGGUUUGUCCCCCCGCCUGGGCUCUGGUAGUUGCAGGGGAGUGAGUGCAAUUCCCGGGCGCGGCCAGGCCUUUCUUCGUUCCCGGGGAGAAAAGGAAGCCAGGCGGGGAGUGGGGGGGACGGGACCAUGGAGGCCUGCGGGGCUGUUCCUCUUUUUCGUCUGCCUCGACUGGAGGGGGACUUUGGCCUCCGCCCCUCUGCGGGAAAGGCAUUCCCAAAGUCCUUUCUGGAAGUAGCUGUGUUCUUCACGGAGGAGGAAUGGGCUCUCCUGGAUCCAGGCCAAAGAAAACUCUACUGGGAAGUGAUGGAGGAGAAUUACGAGACCGUGGCCUCCCUUGCUGCAUAUGUGAGGGAGUUGGCAAUUGAGAAGGAACCAGGAAGAGCAAUUAUGGAAAGAGAUGAAGAUCUGAAGGGAGAAGCAAAAUCUGGGGAACAAGUGGUACCAAAGAAGUGGCAGAGAAGCAAAAGGGAAGCAAAACAGAAGCAGAGGAAGAAAUUCCUUGCCCAUCAGAGCAGGAAGAUACUUGAGGUCCCAGGCAAACUCCAAGUUAAAAUAUGCCAGAAAAUUACAACAUGGCGGAAAACAUAUAAAUGCCUGAAGUGUGGGAAGACCUUCGUUCAGAAUAGCAAGUUGGCUAAACAUCAGAGGAUACACACAGGGGUGAAGCCAUAUAAAUGCUUCGAGUGUGGUAAGAGCUUCUCUCAGACUGACAAGCUAACUAGCCAUCAAAAGCUUCACACAGGGGAGAAGCCAUAUAAAUGCUUGGAGUGUGGGAAGGGCUUCUUUUACAAUAUCAGCCUAACUAUCCAUCACAGGGUUCACACAGGGGAGAAGCCAUAUAAAUGCUUGGAGUGUGGGAAGAGUUUCUCUCACAGUGCUGACCUCACUAAACAUCACAGGAUUCACACAGGGGAGAAGCCAUAUACAUGCUUGGAAUGUGGGAAGAGUUUCUCUGACAGUGGUGUAUUCACUAAACAUCAAAGGAUUCACACAGGGGAGAGGCCAUAUAAAUGCUUGGAGUGUGGAAAGAGCUUCUCUCGCAGUGACAGCCUCACUAGCCACCAAAAGGUUCACACAGGUGAGAAGCCAUAUAAAUGUUUGGAGUGUGCAAAGAGCUUCUCUCGCAGCAGUGAGCUCACUAAACAUCACAGGAUUCACACGGGGGAGAAGCCGUAUAAAUGCUUGGAGUGUGGAAAAAGCUUCUCUCAUAAUAGCACCCUAAUUAGCCAUCAAAAGGUUCACACAGGUGAGAAGCCAUAUAAAUGUUUGGAGUGUGCAAAGAGCUUCUCUCACAGUAGUGCGCUCACUAAACAUCACAGGAUUCACACAGGGGAGAAGCCAUAUAAGUGUUUGGAAUGUGGGAAGAGCUUUUCUCGCAAGGGUAACCUCACUAAACAUCGUAUUAUUCACACAGGAGAGAAGCCAUAUAAAUGCUUGGAGUGUGGGAAGGGCUUCUCUCAGAGUGACAGCCUAACUCUCCAUCAAAGGGUUCACACAGGGGAGAAGCCGUAUAAAUGCUUGGAGUGUGGGAAGAGUUUCUCUCACAGUGCUGACCUCACUAAACAUCACAGGAUUCACACAGGGGAGAAGCCAUAUACAUGCUUGGAAUGUGGGAAGAGUUUCUCUCACAGUGGUGGCCUCACUAAACAUCACAGGAUUCACACAGGGGAGAAGCCAUAUACAUGCUUGGAAUGUGGAAUGAGCUUUUCUCAGAAGAGCAACCUCACUAAGCAUCACAGGAUUCACACAGGGGAGAAGCCAUAUACAUGCUUGGAAUGUGGGAAGAGUUUCUCUCACAGUGGUGGCCUCACUGAUCAUCACAGGAUUCACACAGGGGACAAGCCAUAUAAAUGCUUGGAAUGUGGGAAGAGCUUCUCUCUCAAUGGUAGCCUCACUAAACAUCAUAGGAUUCACACAGGGGAGAAGCCAUAUAAAUGCUUGGAGUGUGGAAAGAGCUUCUCUCGCAAUGACAGCCUCACUAGCCAUCAAAAGAUUCACACAGUGGAGAAGCGGUAGAAAUGCUUGGAGUGUACAAAUAGCUUCUCACUGAAGGGCAGGUUAACCAGCAAUCAAAAGGUUCAUGCAGGGAAGAAAACUUAUAAAUGAUGGUAAUGUACUGGUGACCUCACUAUCAGAGAGGGGGAAAAGGAGUGAGUGUCCUCCCAGCAGACAGGCAAUUAAUUUUCGAGCACAGUUAACAAAAUAAAGCUUUUUACCACUGUGAUGAGAGACUAACCAUAACUGAAGUGGCUUCUUGGGUAGAAGAUCUAAUUACCAAAUUACAACAAGCCUCCAAGCUAAUGACUGAAAUAUUAAAUAUCGAUGGGUUAUUUGGAGCGUAAGCGGACAAAAAUAAAAUAAAAGAUUGUAACACAGACCAAAUUUCUAAGGAGACAGAACCAUCUGAAAGAAAAACAGAACGAGGAGAGACAAAUCUACUGAGUCUACAAAAUGGUGGCAAUACAAAGAAACUACGAAACUGACCUGCAAGGAGAGAAUCCAGCAUCUUACUACUGAAUGAAGGGGCUCCCAGUCAAAGAAUUAAACGGAGAAGAAAUAAGAUUUUUGCUGACCCCCCUGAAUUCGAUGGAAGAUAAGAAAAUUUACUUUCUGUGGCCUAGAUGGAAUAAAGAUUGGAUGUAUCACUUUACAGGAAGGAGGAGGGAAAAAGAGAGAGAAGACGCAACAUUCUCGCUGAUCCCCCCCCGAACUGGAUGGAAGACACAGAAAACUUUCCCUUGACGGCCCAGAUGAAUAAAGAUUGUGUGUGUGUGUGUGUGUGUGUGUGUGUUUGUAUAACACCAUCUAUUUUGUAUGUGUAUCGAAGGAUUAAGAGGGGGGGCUGAGGGAGCUAAAGAUCUUUCUUUUUUGCUAUUAUUGCUCUCUUUUUUGGAGAAAUAUGGAUUAUGAUCUCGAUUUGUUUUAUACGUUAAAUGAUAUGUAACAAUCUAAUGGAAGCUCUUGAGGCUCUGUAUUAUAAUAGACUUUGAAUGUUUACUGCCAAAGGGAUGAUCUUAGUCUUUCUUCUUAGAUUAUAAAUGAGUGUUUAAAGUCAAGUAGCCGACUGCUCUUUUAUAAUUUUAAGACUAUGAAAAUUCAAGGAAGAGGGCAGAUGGUCAAGAUAAAGUAGAUGAAGGACCCAGUUUUCCUUUCCCCUUGUUUUCUCUUUUUUAAAAAAAUAAUAAUGGGAAAUUGUCUUCUAGUUUAUAUAGACAUACCAGCCUUAUCAAUAUGAAAAUACAAGCAAACAGCUCCGGUUGGAGUUUUUUCUUGUUUCUUUUCUUCUUCUUUUUUUUAACUAAAUAAUGUCUGGCCUUUCCACCUUUACUAUUAUGAAAAUCUAAGUAUAUUGGCCUAGAACAGAGGCAAGAAAGAGGAAAACUAAAAAGGUUUCCUUCUGAUAUAGAUGUUAUACCAUUUUCUGAUUAUUAUUUUGUGUUCUAUUAUUCUCACUCUUUGCUUUUGGACGAACUCAUCUAUAACAUAUACAACUUAAUUCUCCCUUCUCUUCUUCUCUUUUUUCUUAUUUUUCAAAAUGGAAACUGUGUUUUAGCUUUGUAGCCUAGGUAGAUACUCCAAUUUUAUUAAUAUGAAAACCCAAUUAGCUAGCUAUGGUUGGAUUGCCCCUUGCUUGAAUCGAAUACUGACCUGGCCCCCUUACCUCUACUAUAAUGAAAAGCAAGUAUAUAGCUUUGGAGAGUGGGUCCAGAACAAAGAUAACAAAGAGGAAAAUUAGCACAAAAAUAUUUCCUGCUUAUUCGAUAUAGACCAUUGCUUGCUUGCUUGAUAUAUAUUGUUCUGUUAUCUUUACUUUCUGCUUUUAGAUUGACUCAUCUAUAAUUUGGAACUGAUGUAUCUGUCCCAUGGUGAACCUGUUAAAGAUUGAUUACUUUCUGUACCCCCUUCCCCUUUACUCUAAAAGCUCAAUAAAAAUUUAUUUAUAUA